CAGUCUUGAUAAUGUGCUUUAAACCACAACAACUGCAGUGAGUACGUGGAAAAUAAAAAGGGGAAAAAUAAUUAUAAAAACACAAUAAUAUCUAUAAUGUUUAUAAAAUAUCUAUGGCCGCUACUAUUAUCAGUCCAACCCAAAACACAGGCUGAUCUAAAAAAUGAUGUAAAUACAAGGGUGAAAAAUUCCAUAUUAAAAUCUAUAGACUUUACUGUUAAUCCCUGUGAAGACUUCUAUACUUUUGCCUGUGGAAAUUAUGCUGAGCAACAUCGAACAAAAUACUAUAAGGAAAUAUCCGGCUUAAUGGAUUUUCAAUAUAAUAAAUAUAUUAUAAAUAUGAUAGAAUCUUGCUAUCAACAUGAUUAUCAAGUAACGGAUCAUUGUCAGUCGUUUAUUGAAAAGGCGAGAGUGUAUUGGAAGGCCUGUCGGAGAGAAGUUAGAAGAGAUCUUCCAAAAUAUUUCAAGGAUAUUAAACCAGGUCCACAAUUAAAUUGGCCCAUAUGGGAGAAAACAACUAACACAUGGUCGCAGGCAACUUAUGAUGUCUGGAUGUUAUUAGGGAAGUUGCAGUCCUAUGGUUUAAAUAAUGUCUUGAUUAAUCAUGAGAUUUCGGUGGAUAGAAAUAAAGAAUUUAGCAUAACCUUAGAACCAGCUUACAGUGAGGAAAAUAGUACCUUACCAGACUUAAAUAUUUUAGAGUUUUUACUAAUGGCUCUAGAAGUUUCUAAACCUAAACAUAUAUUACAUAAUUUAAGAAAAUCUGAUGAACUGUUGCUUGAUAUUUUGAAUCAAUUUGUUGAGGAAGCUGAUGAAAUGCUGGACAUUACUUAUGAAGAUUUAAAGUUACUAUAUCCAAAACUUAAUUUAGAUGUAUAUCUUCAGGAACUUUUAAAUAUAGAAUUAAAUGCAAACACUUCAAUUAUCAUAAUAAAUCCAAAAUAUUUUCAAUAUUUAAACGAUAAUAUGUGGCAGAAACUACAAACGCCCAAUUGGUGCAACUAUUUGAUGAUGAAAUUUCUUUACUAUUUGGUCGUAGACAGUACAAAUGAUUUCACCGCUUUGGAUUGUGUAAAAGAUCUGAGAAAUAAAAUGGAUUUAGCAGUGAAUUUUUUGUUUUAUAAUGAAAACUAUGCCUUCAAAGCUCAACUCUAUAAUGAAGCUGUCAAUGAAAUUUUUGUAAAUAUAAAAGAUCGAUUUAAAAGAUUAUUCACAAACAAUCGCUUAAAUCUGACCGAGACACAAGUUCAAUUUCUUCAACAUAAAUUACAAAAUUUGCGCCUAAAUAUAGGAAAUCUACCCGAUGAUGUAACAUUUGAUAAAAUUGAAACGUUUUAUGAAAAUCUACCACAAUUACAUGAUAAAAAUUACUAUAAAAAUCACUUACUCUUGUUAAAACAUCGUUUUCAAAAGUCUCUUCAUUAUGCGCCUACGCAGAGUUAUUUCAUUGUGAACGACAAUCGUAUGGGUAGUACAUCGGGCGCGUUUUAUGUGAUCAAACAAAAUAUGAUCGUUUUACCAUUCGGCAGUCUAGCGUAUCCACUAUUCGAUGCUAAAUAUAACGAUGACUACAAGUAUUCACUUUUGGGUUUUAUAUUAGCUCAUGAGUUUACACAUGCCUUCGAUACCACUGGUUUAAAUUUUGAUGGCAUGAGCGAGCUAAUAAACGAAGACGGUUCUGAUAUAUUGGAAAAUAUGAAUUAUCGAAAAUCUCUAGUCUGCCUGCAGUCACAACUACCCACCGAUAGUAUAGACGAACGUAUAGCGGAUAUUGUUGGCAUGGAUGUUAUAUUUAAAAUUUUCACAGAAAAUAACCAAAAUCUCAUUCCUGUUAAUCAAUUCAAAUAUUUCUACUUAAAUAUGGCUCAGUUCUUUUGCGGUAAAAGUAAUAUUAAGUUUGUAGAACAUGAUAGUGAUGCUCAGCGUUUGAAUCAGAUUGUCAUGAAUUCAGAAGGAUUCGCGUAUGCUUUCAAAUGUCAUCGAAAUAGUAAAAUGCAUCCAAGUAGAAAGUGUCGUGUGUAUUAAAUUUUUAUAUUAUAGAUUUAAGUAAUUUUACAAAAUAAUUGUAAAUAUAAAUAAAUGUUAAACCUUUAGUAAA